AUGUCCAGUUCCUUCAGUAAAUACACACAGCGCUUAGUAGGAACCCCAAAUACACCUGAUUUCAGGGUAUUUAUAGAGGAGAACGGGAAGCCUAUUUCACCGUUUCAUGACGUCCCAUUAUACGCAAAUGCAGAGAAGACAGUAUUGAAUAUGAUUGUUGAAGUGCCGAGAUGGACAAAUGCCAAGAUGGAGAUAUCUAAAGAGGAGCUAUUGAAUCCUAUUAAGCAGGACGUUAAGAAAGGGAGACUUCGUUAUGUAAGAAAUUGUUUUCCUCAUCAUGGAUAUAUAUGGAACUAUGGAGCGUUUCCCCAGACAUGGGAAGACCCUAACCAUUUACACCCAGAGACGAAGGCGAAGGGGGACAAUGAUCCUCUAGAUGUUUGUGAGAUCGGGGAGGCAGUAGGAUAUGUUGGUCAAAUAAAACAGGUUAAAGUUCUAGGUGUAAUGGCACUUUUAGAUGAAGGGGAGACGGAUUGGAAGGUAAUUGUUAUUGAUAUAAAUGAUCCAUUGGAGUCUAGAUUGCAUGAUGUGGAAGAUGUUGAAAAGCAUCUUCCGGGUCUUAUUCGUGCAACAAAUGAAUGGUUCCGUAUUUAUAAAAUUCCAGAUGGAAAGCCAGAAAAUACAUUUGCGUUUUCAGGAGAAUGUAAAAACAAGAAAUAUGCAAUGGAAAUUAUUCAGGAAUGUUCAGAAUCAUGGGAUCGUCUUAUAUCAGGGGGAUCAGACUUAAGAGGGAUCAAUUGGAAUGUAUAA